AUGUGCUCUAGCGGAUGUUGCUCAACCGGGUGCUGCUCUGUCGUGAGGAGCAAAACAGUGUGCUGCAGCCAGCCGUGCCAGCAGACCAUCUGCUGCGACCCAUGCCAGAAGUCUGUCUGCUGCAGCCCAUGCCAGCAGUCCCGCUGCUGCGACCCAUGCCAGAAGCCUUGCUGUGACCCAUGCCAGCAGUCCUGCUGCGACCCAUGCCAGCAGUCCUGCUGCGACCCAUGCCAGAAGCCUUGCUGUGACCCGUGCCAGCAGUCCUGCUGUGAUCCGUGCCAGCAGUCCUGCUGCGAUCCAUGCCAGAAGCCCUGCUGUGACCCGUGCCAACAGUCCUGCUGUGACCCAUGCCAGCAGUCCUGCUGUGAUCCAUGCCAGAAGCCCUGCUGUGACCCGUGCCAGCAGUCCUGCUGUGACCCGUGCCAGAAGCCUUGCUGUGACCCCUGCCAGCAAUCCUGCUGUGACCCAUGCCAGAAGCCCUGCUGUGACCCAUGCCAGCAGUCCUGCUGCGACCCGUGCCAGCGGUCCUGCUGCGACCCCUGCCAGAAGCCUUGCUGUGACCCGUGCCAGCAGUCCUGCUGCGACCCGUGCCAGAAGCCCUGCUGCAACCCAUGCCAGAAGUCCGUCUGCUGCACCAAGGUGUGCCAGAAGUCCUGCUGCUGCUGUGGCCAGCGUCCCUGCUGCUGCUGUGGCUGCCACCCCUGCUGCUGCUCUGGAUGUCUGUCCUCCUGCUCUUAUGUGGUGAAGAAGAAGCCGGUUGUGGUGUGUUACAGCCCCUGCUGCUCUCCCGCGAGGAAGUGUUGCAUCCCCAUCCAGCAGUGCUGCACCACAAUCAAGAAGGGUUGCUGA